GGGUCUGAUUUAUUGUAGCAACGGCCCCUUAGCAACGCGCUGGCUCCAUGGAGAGAGUGUGUGUGUGUGUGUGUGUGUGUGUGUGUGUGUGUGUGUGAAGGAAUGUGAGGCCACACGGGUCAACAUACACCGACAAAACGCGUAGAACUGUAACUAAAAACGGACAUUUAUGUAUUUUAUGGACAUCGUCGCUUUGAGGUGAACAUGGGAUGCUGCAGCUCCUUGAACACGGCGGUCCGCCCGAUGAGACCGGAAGAGAAAGGAGACGAGGAUGAAGCAGGAAGUAAAGUGGAAGGUCGUGGAGACUCGGCUGUGUCAAAGGGCACCACAGACAGCGGGGUGGUGAUGGACAACAGGGACCCCCCUGUGCUACCUGGAGUGGUGCCCAGGAAACUCCCUCCUCUAACAUCUGAGUGUGUUAAAGAAAGCACUGCGCACAUAAUUACACUAGAUGGAACUCUCCAGCAGGUGAGCACACUGCAGGAGCAACCAACGUCCAGUGAGAUCCUGGAGGAGCUGCUGAACCAAGGCAUUAUACCGGUGGGACAGACCAGAGAGGGAAGCAUCAAGGCUGGAGAGUCCUACAGCAUCAUGCUGGAUGACAGGGAGGGGGUCAGGCGAAAGCCUCCCGUCAGACUGGAGUCCCUGAGGGCCAAGAAGGCGCAGAAGGUCCCCUGCAUAGAAGACAUUGAGGAGAAGAUACGACUUGCUAAGGAGAGACGCAAGUCGAGGGAAGACAAGCUCAAGAUGCGAUUGAGGAUCAAGUCGGCCCGUGUUCGGGGCCCCGCUCCCACCUCCAGGGCAGAGGAGGACAAAGACACAGCCCUCACUCCCGUGGAGCCGCUACAGUUACCUCCCACCCCGAACCCCUUCGUUCCACUGCCCCACAGCCACAUAACACGCGAGAAGGCCGAGGGCGGAGAGUGGGUGAGUGAGGUGGGAGGAGAAAGCAGAGAGGAAAUGGGUAAAACAGAUAAGGGAGAAGGGAGGAGAGUAAAAGGAGGAGAAAGGGGAGAUAACAGAGGGCAAGGUGCAGAGAAGGUUAGUGAGGAUGGUGAUGGGAAAGGGGAGGAGGAGUUGACCCAGGAGGAGGAGCUUAUGGAGGAUAAUCUCCUCACAGACUCUGAGGAGCUGGAGAGCGAUUCUAGCUUAGAAAAUGCAGAAGACAAAGAGGAGAAGUUUUAAUUCAUUACAAAAAUGAGCCAUGAAUCCGCACUAAGAGAGAUACAAAAAAAAAGAGGAGCCAAAAAAGAAAUCUUUUUGCUCAGACGAAAAUGUGUACAGUAUAUUGUAUUAGAAGAAAUUAACUUGAAUUAAACUAGGCUAAUGUGGACGUGAAUUGUUUGUGUUUUCAUGAAAACGUAUAGGGAAGUGUAUUGUAGCUCAGUAAUAAGCACACAGGAAUAUGAGGGUUUUCUUUCCAAAUUAAAAUAAUUUUCCUCAUUGAAGGCUUCAAUAAAAAUGACCAAGACUUCUUGCCAACGUAUAAAAUAAAUAUAAAUUAUAUUUUAGUUUGACAUUUAAUUGUAAAUGAAUACUGUUGAGUCCCUUUUUGCAUGUGAAGGUUGUACCUGUUCUGUUGGACAUAAGAUGGCGCUGUUUCAGUGGGUUAAAGUCGGAUCGCAGCUCCCUGAAGUCAGUGCACCUCAUCUAUAAAAUUAUGUAUCAGUAGGAGGUUUUGGCAACAUGUGGAGUAAAGAUGUGUAAAGUGAAGUUGUUAUUGAUCAAUAAAGUGUUAUGUAUUCGAUGUUUAU